GAUCUGAAACAAUGGGUGACUGGAGCUUUCUGGGGAGACUAUUAGAGAAUGCACAAGAGCACUCCACGGUUAUUGGCAAAGUUUGGCUGACGGUACUAUUUAUCUUCAGGAUCCUGGUGCUGGGGGCUGCUGCUGAGGAAGUCUGGGGAGAUGAACAAUCGGACUUUACAUGCAACACCCAGCAACCUGGUUGCGAAAAUGUCUGCUAUGACAAAGCCUUCCCCAUUUCCCACAUCCGCUUCUGGGUGCUGCAGAUCAUCUUUGUCUCUACGCCAACCCUCAUCUACCUGGGCCAUGUGCUGCACAUUGUGCGCAUGGAGGAGAAGAAGAAAGAGGAAGAGCUAAAAAAGAAGGGAAGCAGCAGGGACAGCAACCACCAGGGGGGAGCAGCAGCAGCAGGUGGCCGAGGGAGUAGCAACAACAGCAGCACCAAUAAGGAGCCACCCCCAAAGAAGGAGAAGCCACCAAUCCGUGAUGAGCGGGGUAAAAUACGCAUCAGUGGUGCCUUGCUCCGCACCUAUGUCUUCAAUAUCAUUUUCAAAACUCUGUUUGAGAUAGGCUUCAUUGUGGGCCAGUAUUUCCUGUAUGGCUUUGAGCUGAAGCCACUCUAUCGUUGCAGCCGUUGGCCUUGCCCGAACAUUGUGGACUGCUUCAUUUCACGGCCCACUGAGAAGACCAUUUUCAUCAUCUUCAUGCUGGUGGUGGCAUGUGUCUCGCUGCUGCUCAACAUGCUUGAGAUGUACCACCUUGGAUGGAAGAAGCUCAAGCAAGGCGUGACCAACCAAUACCGCCCUGAUCCACUCCCCAUUGCACCAGCUACCAUUGCAAGGGACUCCAAACCUGUUACUCUGCCAUUGCCAUCUCCGGCAGUGUUCCCUACUGUCCCGCCUGCUCUGCCGGAUUCCCGUGCCAUCACUCCGCUGCUCUCUUCACGGACUGUGCCGCCUUACUAUGCUGAAGCCACUGCUAGGGCACAACCAGCCACCACAACUUCCCUGGCUGGCUACUCCGGGGCUCCUCCAUUUUCUGAGGAGCGACACAAUACUGCCACUCCCAUUCCAACCUCCAUCCCAAUCCCAACUCUAUCCCCCAUCCCAACACCUAUGCAAGCCAUCACCCCCUACUUCAAUGGCAGCAGCCAGGCCUUAGCUGCCGAGCAGAACUGGACCAAUCUGGCAGUCGAGCAGCAGAGGAAGCCACCAGCCUCCAGCUCAGCUGCCUCCUCUCCCCCCAGCAGCAUCGGACAACAAUCGCCAAAGCAAGAGGUGGCCAGUGAGCAGCUGCUGCCAUCGCCACCUCUUUUGCCACCUGUAGCAGCAGUCAAUAGCAGCAGCAGCACCAGCCUGAGCAGAGGAAGCAGCAGCAAGUGGGAUGUAGAAGGUGAAGAGGAGGCCACAAAGGAGUGGCCAGUGUCAGCUGCCUGCACUACAGUAGAAAUGCAUGAGCCGCCACUGCUCAUAGACACACGGCGCUUAAGCAGGGCUAGUAAGUCAAGCAGCAGUAGAGCCAGGUCAGAUGACUUAGCUGUGUAACGUGGUCCCUAGCACUGGGAGAAGCAAAUGAUGAAAGCAAAGUGUGAUGGGGAGCUGCAUGGGGAUGAGGCCAUGCCCCAGUACAGGGGUGAGGGAGGCCGGGGUUCCAAACUUUGAAGCUUGCUGUUCUUGCACUCUGUGAGUUGUAGUGGGGAUAAAUAUCUACAUUUUCUAGUAGGUCAGGGGUGGCCAAAGUGCAGCCCGUGGACCAAGGGACCAAUCCCUCUGUCAUUGACAUCAAUGACAAACAUCCCAAUGGCAGCCAUAUGGAGGGCUUGCACAGAUGACAGGUGGUGGCACUGGCAGUGGUGGCAGCUAGCCAUGUGCCUUCAUAGGGAAGCUCUUCCAAGAACAAUGUUAAUACUCUUAGCCCUCACCUUCACUUCCACUCAUCUUAUAUAAGCACUUCAUGAGCAGAGGCCUUGACUUCUUUCCUUCCUCUGAAACCCCAUGCACACCUGUUUAACCACCUCCUUGAAAAUGAGGAUGGCAUAUUGCCUGCUGGCACCUGUCAUCUCUGUGGACCAAAUCUGCCAUAUUAAACAUCAGGGUGACAACAUUCUCUUCCAUUUAAUGCAAAGUAGGGCAGCCUUUGCACUCAUGGCAAAUUGCCAAUGCGACCCUGUUGGCUGGGCAAAGUUUGGAUAACCCCUGUAGUAGCUUUUAUCAUUCUGAGCUUCAUCUUUGUAUUAUUAUAAUAAUUUUUUUACUUUUGACCUAUAAGGAAAUGUCCAGUUUGACCUUCUGUCCGGUGUUUGCCAACUGCGACCACACAAUUUUUUUAAACCCAUGUAUGCCUUUGAAUAUGUUUGGUUAUAUUUUGAGAUGACUUCUGAAAUUGCUUAGAGGAGGACAGGAAACUAAACCACACACCUCAUAAAAUAUUACACAGAAUAAUUGUAAUCCAGAAAGAAAGGAUUAUGGUUUCAGUACACUGUGACCCCUUAUGUUGCUCAUGAACAAAACAGUAGGUUAAAGUAUGGUACUGCAUUUUAGACUAUUAGAUACAUGCUUUUAUCAGCUUAAGGUAGUUGGGAAAAUGCUUAAUAGAAGUAAAACUAGAGUGCAUACCUUUAAAGUAUUUGAGCAGUUUUAGAAUAAAUUUUAAUCUGUAGAUUUAAAUUACUUGACAGUGUACUUAUACAUUUUAGUUUGAUCUUUGAUCUCACAGGAAAAAUUAAGGGGAAACCAAAGUAAAGUCCAAAGCAAUAUUGUUUCCUGCUGUGUUUUGUAAGUGAUUAGCCCUGUCCUACAACAAUCUGUAAUGUCUUACAAACCAAUAAACAGCAGACAUAGAAUAUACUGUACAGCAAAAAAGGUGACUAAAAUAUCAUGGCAACAUUUUAGGGGCCUCAGGGCCUAUUCUGAUUCCACAGAAGUCAAUGGCAGAAUUCCUGUUGACUUCCAUAGGAGCAGGAUUGGGCCCUCUCAUCUUGAAGUCGUUAUUCAAUCAAAACUCCAUUGGAAGUCAAAUGAAGUUUUGGGUGCAACAAGGAAUGUAGGAUUGGGCCCAUUUCCCUUAAAACUGUGAAGAAAAGUGAUGGGUAUUUUUCUAAGGAGUCAGCUUUCCUUAAAAGAGACUCCAUCUUUCAUUCCCAUUGUAACAAAUACCCUCAUAUAAGUCAGUCAAAAGUUUGAACUCCUGAUAAAGUUGGUGAGAGAUUUGGGUAUACAAAGAAUGCAGAAUCAGACCCAACUUUUGUUCUUGUGGUUGAAAAGAUCAUUUCAAUUAGUUGAAGUCCAGCACUAUUCCUCUGGCUGCCAUAAAACUGAACUUGUAUUUAGCUGUGACAUUCUGAGUACCUGUCCCAGACCUGAAGAAGAGCUCUGUGUACGCUCUUUUUCACCAACAGAAGUUGGUCCAAUAAAAGAUAUUACCUCACCCCCAUUGUCUCUCUCAUAUUCUGGGACCAACAUGCUACAACACCACCACAAACAAAGCUGAACUGCCAUAAUUAAAAUAGUAUAGCUAAGUUCACUUAAAUAACCUUUCCAUGUUCAAAAUGUGUUGGCCUGGCCAUGUAGUGCUUACUUAGGGAACUGGUCUCAACUUUGCCUAUGUAGCUAAAAGGCUACAAGUGCAACUGAUAAUAUAUAUUUUCCUAAACGUGUUGAUUUUAUUAAACGAUUAACAAUAUUUCCCAUCAAUACAGACUAAAAUGUUAUACUUUAAUAUUUCCUGAACAGAUUCAAAAUUAUUUCUGAAUAACCAUGGAACAGGGUUUGGGUUCUGUCUUGAGACCCUUAUACAAGUUGUCUCAUUGACUUCAGUUGACCUACUUGUGUGAGAAAGGGUUGCGGGAUGCAGCUCUGGCCUGCUAACAGUCUUGGAGUGGACACUGCAUAUAUAAUAAAGUCAAUAUGCAUUUGUUAAUAUGCUGAUUAACAAGUAAAACCAGAUAGCAACUAUUUAGUAGUCAAGUUUAAGGGAUCCUCUCAUGAGCUGUUUUAAGACAUUAAAAACAGACAAACAUACAAGCUAAAAGAAUUCUGCUCUCAGCUACACCCAUGCAACACCACUGAAACUAGCACAAAGUUAAUAGGGUUAUAUUAAAUGUACAUAAGGACAGAAUUUAGCCCUCAAAAUUUUUAGAUCUACUAACAUUUCUAGCAGUUUCUGAAUGACAGGUCAUUAUAUUGCUGAAGUAACAAUGUGCACCUCUAUAUUUUAAUGACUCAGAGCUGCAUCAAAAUUCAUAGGGCCAAAUUCUGCUCUCGUUUACACUAAUGUAAAGAGUAAAUAUCUCCAGCUGUAUAUUGAUAUAACUAAGGCCUUGCUUCAAAAAAGCAUUUUGAGUACAUGCUUUGCUGGAGCAGGGCCAGAGAGCAGAAUAUUGACCCCCUGUUACAUAUUGUCACUAAUCCUGCAAUCCUUACUCAGGGAAAACCCCCAUGGAGUGAGCCCAUACUAUAUAUAAAAAUCUAAGAGGAGAGAUUGUUAUAACUUGCUUAAAAUCAACUGAUAUUUAAUCUACCAUUUUCAGAUUAACAUGUGUGCACAGAGUUCAAAGAGUUUUGUGGUAUGUGGCAUUUUCAGGUAUAGUAAAGAUUGGACAGCUGUCCUUGCAAAAGACCCAUUUAUUUCAGCAGCAAAGAGUCCUGUGGCACCUUAUAGACUA